AGAGGCUGGGCCCCGACAUGGGCCAGACGGCAGGCGAUCUUGGCUGGCGGCUCAGCCUGUUGCUGCUGUUCUUGCUCCUGGUGCAAGCUGGUGUCUGGGGAUUCCCAAGGCCCCCAGGGAGGCCCUCCCUGAGCCUGCAGGAGUUGCAGAGGGAGUUCACAGUCAGCCUGCAUCUCGCCAGGAAACUGCUCUCCGAGGUUCGGGACCAGGCCCACGGCUUUGCCGAAUCCCAACUGCCAGGAGUGAAUCUGGACCUCCUGCCUCUGGGAGAGCAGCUCCCCAAUGUCUCCCUGACCUUCCAGGCCUGGCACCACCUUUCUGACCCAGAACGACUCUGCUUUCUCUCCAUGAUGCUUCGGCCCUUCCAUGCCCUGCUGAGAGGGCUGGGGACUCAGGGGGGCUGGACCAGCUCAGAGAGGAUGCAGCUGUGGGCCACGAGGCUGGAUCUCCGGGAUCUGCAGCGGCAUCUCCGCUUCCAGGUGCUGGCUGCAGGAUUCGCCCUCCCCGAUGAGGAGGAGAAGGAAGAGGAGAUGGGGCUACUCCCAGGAGUGCCAGGCGGCCCCUCACAGGGGGCAGCCCGGGUGACCUGGCCCCAGCUCCUCUCCACCUACCAGCUGCUACACUCCCUGGAGCUUGUCUUAUCUCGGGCCGUGCGGGACUUGCUGCUGCUGUCCAAGGCCGGGCACCCAGCGUAG